AUGACAACAAAAGAUAUGUUCGAGGGAGUAUCAAGUAUCGCUUCUUUGUCUACUAAUGGUAUUAUGUCAACAAGCGAUACUUUGGAAUUUAGACAUCCAAUUUACUGGAAUCGUAACUAUGACACAUGGAAUGUUAAGAUUUAG